AUGGAUGAACGUAGCCAACUGGAUGAAAAUGUCCUCAAGGGUCUUUUUGCAAAUGGUUUCAUGGGUGUCGAAGUGCCCGAGCAGUACGGUGGUCCUGGUGCAUCUUUGUUCGAUGUUGUCAUCAUUGUUGAGGAACUAGCUAAGGUUGAUCCUGCAGUGGCGGUAAUGUGCGAUGUACAAAAUACGUUGAUUGUGCCUUUGUUACUCAAAAAUGGGAGCGAAAUGCAGAAGGAGAAAUAUCUAAAGCAUACGCAUGAUGACUGGGUACUUUCCAAAAUAAAUUUAUCACUGUGA